ACCACUGCACACGACGAGGUGUAAAUUGCAGAAUACGUUGCAGCAUUGAAGAAAGCGUACCCGGUGGAAACGGGUCGAACUAGACUCCCGAACAGAAACAAAAGUCCCACAGAAAAGGAAAGAAUACGCCAAUUCCAACCAAAACAGGGGGUACAAACUAUUGAAACUACGCACUAAGGACCGGGAGGGCAAGUGCAUCAUCGUGUUGCCGUGUGUUUUAAACGUCAAACGAAUAGUGGGAAGAACCAUCAUCACAACCGCCACAGAUUGUAGUAGGCUGGCCGGUGACAGCGCCUCGAGCCCAACCCCACUAAACAAAAGCAAACAAAAACAAAAGGAUGUGUGACGCAUCGGGCCGAAGAAGUGUCACUUCUCAGUGAUGGUCUCACAUACGUACUAAGCUUUGCGGCCGUUACGCAGCAGAAAAAAUCGGAAACAAGUGCACAACAGCAUUGAAAGAAUAUCCCCCCCCCCAAAAAAAAAGGGAAAAGCUUUACGCGCACACGGCGUGUUCGAAAGUGGUAGCGGCGCGGUGUGUGUUGAUUACUGUUUUGCCGCGUUCUCGGCUGCCGAGGGAUCCUUCCCGUCCCCCAUUGAGGUUUGGCGGGUGUGGGGGUGGUUGGGAAAAUUAACGUGAUUGUGCGACCGCGUGUUUGCAGUGCGUGUGUGCGUGUUUGUAUCUGGAUGAGUGUUCCGUUUGUCACAAGUGUCACAAGCGCACCAGGAAGUGCAAUAGGUGCAAAUCGGUGUUUGGCGAAGAAAGCGCCCUAACCUUGCCCACCAAAGUGAGCGACAGAGAAAGAGAGUGCGGGGAAAGUGAGAUAGAGAGAGAGAUAGAGAGAGAGAGCGCGCGAGUGCGAGUGUGUGUGUGUGUUUUGAGUAGUGCGUCCGUGCGUGUUCCUGUUGUGUUGUGUGUUUCGAUGUGUGUGCCAUAGUCACGCCAGAAAGAGUGCUACUGCCAGCUCUCUCCCUCUAGCAGUGUAUGUGUGUCCUGGCAAUGUGCUAGCGUUGUUUGUGUGUGUUUGUGCGCGGCUGUGCGUGUGCUUGCGGUUGCAGGCGGUACGAUCGCAUCAAAACAUACGUCAGUGGAACAGCUGAAACGCGGUGGAAACGGAAGAACCGGUAACAGAGAAAAAAGGAGCAAGCAAGUGGGAAAGGGGAAGGCAGGAGACAGAAAACAGAGACACGGCACUGCGGACGCAACGGAAGCGGACAGGAGCAACCGGAAACAGUACUCGCUGGAACAAACAGUUAGGCUAAAGCAAUGGCUGAGAUAUGAGUGCCCAGGGGGGCUCCCUAGGGGCUCCAACAUUGGGUGAUCGUCGAUCUCCUUACAUUGGAGGCUAUCCCGACAUUCAACAGCAGCAGCAGCAGCAGCAGCACCAGCAGCAGCAACAACAUCAUCAACAGCAUCACUAUCAACAGUUGCAGAAUCCCCAUCACGCAGAUUAUCAUCGAGGGACACUGCAUCCGGAGGCUGCCUCCGGAUACCUGGACGUGAAGCAGCAACAACAGGCCCAGAAAGCGUACGCUAAGCAGGAACGCCAACUCCAGGCAGCCACAACCCAGCAACAGCGAUCGGCAGCUGGAACGACUGGAAGGGCAGCUGCCGGUGCGCAUCAACAGCAAGGUUUCAACAGUCAAAGUAUGGUGGCAGCGGCCGGCGGACAGCAGGGCAACAUGGACGUCGGCUAUAAUCCACAGAUGAACAACAUGGCGAUGCAUUCGCAGUCGUCGUGGAAUCAGAUGAACGGCAUGAACCAAAUGGGCGUUAUGGGUGGCCAGAUGAAUGGCAUGAACCAGAUGGGUGGUGGAAAUGGUGGUGCCGGCGGUAUGGGACCAAUGAGUCAAAUGGGGUCCGGAGCGGGCGUCGGCAUGGGUGGCGGCGCAACCGGCGGCAUGCCGGGCAUGAAUCAGAUGGGAGGUGGUGGUGGUGGGGGCGGCGGUGUCACCGGUACCGGCGGUGGUAAUGGUGGUGCGGGUGGUGGUGGGUACGGAAGGCACCAUCAGCAGAUGAACCCGAUGGCACAGAUGAUGAACAUGGGCAUGGGGAUGGGCGGUGCCGGCGGUGGCCAGAUGGGACCGGGUGGUGCCGGCGGUAUGAACGGUAUGGCGGCGGCACAGAUGGGCGGCAUGAAUCCGCUCAGCCAGAUGAACCAGAUGUCACCGAUGUCCAAGAUGCAGGGUAUGGCGAAUGGAUACUCGCAGCACCCUCGGCGGAUGGCGCCCUACCCGAACCCCCAAAUGCAGAUGGCGCAGAAGCGGUCCAUGUACGGCAUGGGCCAGGGACAGGGCAUGCCGGGUGCGGGUGGACCAUUCCCACCGCACCAGGCGGCGGCAGCAGCAGCCGCAGCAGCUGCCGCAGGCGUUCCCCUACCGAUGCAAGCGAACGCCGGCUACGGGAGGCAUCAUGGGCCGAUCGGUCUACCGAACUACCGUGGCGGACCUCCGAUGAUGCAGCAGCGCCAGAAUACGCCACCGUACGGUGGACCCGGGGUGGGUGUGGGUGGGCCGGUUGGGGCGCCCGGUGGACCCGGGCCACUGAUGGGCCAUCAGCAACAGCAGCAGCAACAUCACUCACAGCACCAGCAGCACCAGCAGCAGCAGGCACAGCAGCAGCAGCAGCAACAGCAGCAGCAGUAUUACAACACGGGCUACCAGAACAUGCAGGGCUACCAGCCGGACAUUCGCAUGAACUUCCAGCACAGUCCGGUACCGGGCAAUCCUACACCACCACUGACGCCCGCCUCUUCCAUGACGCCCUACAUCAGCCCCAAUCCGGACGUGAAGCCAAACAACCUGCCGCAGAAAGAUGAAGAACUGCGGUUGACAUUCCCGGUGCGAGACGGCAUCCUGUUGCCACCGUUCCGGCUAGAGCAUAACCUCGCGGUCAGCAACCACGUGUUCCAGCUGAAGUCGACCGUCUACAACACGCUCAUGUGCCGGCCGGAUCUCGAACUGCAGCUGAAGUGUUUCCACCACGAAGACCGGCAGAUGAACACAAACUGGCCGGCGAGCGUGCAGGUGUCCGCAAACUCGACCCCGCUCGAGAUCGAUCGGGGCGACAACAAGAACACUCAUCGGCCGCUCUACCUGAAGCAGGUCUGUCAACCUGGCCGCAACACGAUCCAAAUCACCGUCAGCACCUGUUGCUGCUCGCAUCUGUUCGUACUACAGCUGGUACAUCGACCAUCGGUAAACCACGUGCUGCAUACGCUGUUGAAGCGUAACCUACUGUCCGCCGAACAGGCGGUGGCCAAAAUCAAGCGCAACUUUGCCGUGAGUCACACAACGAACCCGAAUCAACCGCUCGGCGGUGGCCCAGACAAAGAUCCACUCGCGGCAGAAGCGUCGGCAACGUCCGCAAAGGUAUCAUUAAAGUGUACAGUAACCUCCAAGCGGAUAACGUUGCCAGCGCGAGGUCACGACUGUAAGCACAUCCAGUGUUUCGACCUGGAAGCGUAUCUCGCGCUGAACUGUGAACGUGGCAACUGGCGAUGUCCAGUGUGCAAUAAACCGGCACUAACGGAAGGGCUCGAGAUUGAUCAGUACAUGUGGGCGAUAUUGAACACGCUCAACUCCUCCAAUACCCCGAACGGUAUGGAUACGGAGGAGGUGAUCAUCGAUGCGCAAGCAAACUGGCGAGCAAUCAAACCACCGGGCAGUCUCAAUAAUCCCAACAUCGGAGGUAGUCUCAACCCUCAACAAUCAUCACAGCAGCAGCAGCAACAGCAACAUCCACAGCAUCAACAACCACCGAUGCAGCAUCAACAGCAGCAGCAACAACCCCCGGUACCAUCCGAACCGAGUGGUGGCAAUGGACGCGGCGCUGGUACACCCGGUCUUCCGGUUAUCAAACCGGACCCGGACGGUGGUGAUGCGAAACACUUCAACAAGGUGAUGUCACCCGGAUCCACCUCGCUCCCAACCUGGGACAACAUGAAUGCAAUGAGCCCCUACAUGAGCCCGGACAUGAGCUCGAUCGCUAGUGGUAGCAUGAUGGGAUCAAACUACAAUCGAACACCACAGUACGAUUCCUAUGGAAACCCCAUCAUCAAGCAGGAACCGGGAACGAACCCCGCUGCGGCCGGUGGUCCAGGAAGCGUGGGCAAUAACGGGCCGGGAACACCCGGUGGGGGUGAAUUCCACGGUGGUAACCCAUUGGCACAUCUGAGCGAUUCGGUUAACUCGCUCGAUCCACUAAACGCGAUGGAGAAAUCCUUAAAUGAUCAGAUGCCCCACACACCGCACACACCACACACACCGGGCGGUGGUAACUCAUCCGGGCAUCCGAUGACACCGGGUGGACCGCCGAGCGUACCACCAGCGAACGACAUCAACUCCUCCAACCCGCAACAACAGUCCACCGGCAGCAAUGGCGGCAACACGAACGGCACUGGCCAACCGAACAGUAACAGCGUGAACGGUGGCGGUAGCAAUUCGGGCGGCAACAUGAACCACAGUCCUGGCCAUGCCGGUCACAACAACAUGCAGCUCCAUUCACCUCAACAGCAGCAACACGCCAAUCUUGGCCUCGGGCCGAACAACCCGGCGGCAAACAUCAUGAACUCACCGCAGAGUCUCAUGAACUCGCCACAGAACAUGAUGAACUCGCCCCAGAGCAUGAUGCAGCAGCAGCAGCAAAAUCUGCUCUCGUUGGGCACAAUGAUGGGCCAGCAGCAAAGCCACCAGAAUGCGCUGGCCGGUCUCACCGAUGUCGAUCUGCCGGCAGAUCUCAACUUCGAUCCGGCCGCCGUUAUUGAGGGCGAGGGUGGCAAUGAUCUUAACCUACUACCGGACAACGGUAUCGGCGAUCCGAUGGAAUUGCUUGCCUAUCUGGACCCGCCGGAUCUGAACACGCCACCGUCGAGCGGUUCCAGCAACAAUGCCAACAGCGAUGACAUUCUGGCAGCACUGUUCGAUUAAGUAACCUUACUCUCACAAUGGAAAGCAGAGGGCCCCCGCAGCAUCGCGCACACGGGAAGAAUCGAUCCAGAUGGGAAAGAAGCGGAGCAGAGGUGGGGCGUAAGGAGCAAGAGAUAGGAAGCAUAGAAUUAAUGUAGUCGAUACAGUUGUAGUGUGCGGGUGGGCAUUUCCCGUUUCCUAUUUCUCUCACUACCCCUUUACCACCACAACCACCCACAGCACCGCCCCUCGGCGCUUUCGGAAGCGGAUGUGGUUCGUGGUUCGUUGUUAUUUUUUUAGAUUUUUCCGAUCGGUUUUCAAACCGGGUUGAUGUACCAUGCGCCGAAUCCUUUUCCUUCCCCCCUCCCCCGAUCUUUUUGUUUGUUAAGUGGCCAGGGUUUUAGUUUAAGUGUACAGCUUUUCAGGAAAAAAAAAAACAUAGCAAUGGAUUGCAAGAAAAACGGGUCUCACACGAAGACACAGCAUCUAUCGUAUCAGGUACUCGCAUUGUCACGACGCUACCACCUUUACCGCCAGCCUUGAGUGCUUGGUAAGUGUGUGUGUACGCUUAGUGUCCUUCUUAGUGUAGUGAAAACAGGAGUGAGGGGCAUACUAACCACGCAGUAAAAGGGGGAAGAAAAAAGAGCGCGCGCGCGCGAAAGGGAGAGAGAGAGAGAGAGCGAGAGAAAGGCAAGCAAAACAAAUAUUAUCCUAGUAAGGGUUUCGUCGAGCACGUUGUUCGUUAUCCUGGUUUGGGAUUUUUUUUCCUCCGUUUUGUUUAUUUUUAUUCACAUCCCGGGAAAAACACAAACCUCAGUCAUCCUCCUACGACCUCUAAUGCGAGCCACCACACCCAUACACACACACACACACACGCAAUAAGCAAUGCACGAUCUUCGGUCCCGUUGGCACUGGUAACGGUUCCACAGCACGGGAAGAAGUUCAAUUGUACAGUUAAAUUAAUAAAAUUGCAUUGUUUGUACCGUGUGAGUGUGUGUGCGUGUGUGCGUGGGUGAAAAAAAGAACUAUUACGUUCCUGUCAUGCCAAGGGAGCAAUAGCUCUCCUUCCCGUAGCCAGGACAGUGAAAAGGAAAUCAUGUCCUGUGCGCUGUGUUUUUGGUGUUAGUGUCGGCAAUUGAACUUUUUGUUAUAUAAUAAGAAGGAAUUAUUUAUUUUCCACCAAAAGACUUCCCCCUCCACCUCCGUAAACAAUGCCGGCGCCGUUUCGUUGCGCCCUGGUUUAGCCUCCCUCGCUCGGCUCCUGUUUUAAGCGCGUUUAUUUAUUAUUAUUUUUAUUCAUAACCGUAAAUUAUCUCCCGCGCUUCUUGUGUAUUAUAUUCUGUUUUCUAUUUUGUACUGUAACUAGUGCAAAAAAACUCCAUUAGUACGUAACUAUAUAAAUACAUAUAUAUAUAUAUACUGUAAUCACUAGGGUUUUCCGGAUCCAUAAGGCAUAAGACACGUUGUUCCCUUUUCGCUUUACCAAACGCAGCAAGUGACGUUUUGCUUUAUUUUUUUUGUUUGGGUUCGUGCAUAUUUUACGUUUGAUGCUUAUGUUGGAUAAUGUUGCUGCAAGCACGCAGUGGUAUUACCUCUGCACCUCUUCGAUAACCACAGCUUUGCCACUGUCCAAAACUUUCCGCGCAUGGGAACGCCACUCUUAUCGCGCAGAAACUCACGGACUUUGAUUUUGAGACUCAAAACAAUUAGGACAUCAUGUCGACAGUUCGAGUCUAUAUCGCAACUUCCACAAUGCGCAGACUUUGAAAAUCGUUUUCAAAUGUGUCGCGAGAAGUUACUCUCAGGUGAUGAUCACCUGUGAGUGAUGUUUAUUGAAGGUUUCAAACAAGUUUUACCAGAAUACCAGCGCCAUUUUUACCGAUUGUUUCGACUGUACAGGUCGACUUACGCUCAACCUCAUCUUUUGUGACUGCGCAAUAGUGGCUAUUGCGUAUUUGUGCGAGAACGCAUCUCAUUUCGUCCUUGGUCGGAUUCCCACUUCCGAGAUGUGAUCACUAGGGUUUACCGGAUCCACAACACACGUUUUGUUCGCUUUUCGCUUUCACUAAACAGAACUUUCACAGUUUCGUUUUAUAUUUUCCCGGCUCGUACAUUUUUUUUGUUUUACGUUUGACGAUUAUGUUGGACAAUGUGCUUGACCAAGAUGUGUUACACUAUGUAUGUAUGUGUGCUACCAGCGUCACGGGGACGUGCGUGCUCUGUUUUUUUUUACGGAAGAAAGAAGAUGAGGGUUUGCUUCUUCUUGGAAGCAAUGGAUGUGAAAGCUAGGUGCGGGUGUGUGUAUGAAGGUUCAGUGAAGACAGUAAGAAUGGCACAUCCUAGACAGAAACAAAAACAAGAAGCAAGCGAAAAGUUUAUUUAGGGAAAGGAAUGGCGAAUGGGAAGGACGUUUGUUUAUUGCUAAGCUUUAGAACGUAGAGCCGUCACGCGGUAGCGGUAAAUUAAAAAAUAAAAACGGGAAAGUGAUUGGAAAAAAACACAAAACAAAAACUGGAAACGAAAGAGAAAAAAGUGGUAUAACAGAAGCAGGAAAGGGCAAAGUAAAACUAAAACAAUUUAAAGAAAGGAUAAGGCAAACAACAAAAAAAAAAGCAAACACACAUGCGUACACACAACACACGAAAUGAAACAUGUUACAUUUAAUGAUACUAAAUUUUAAAUACAAGAAGAUUGUGGAAGAAGAAACAAACAAAAAAAAAACAAACCCAAGAAAA